AUGUCACUUUAUAAAUAUGUUGUCUCCUCAGAGGUGGAAGCUAAAGGCGGGUCGGACCGCCUCUCUGAGCAUCAGCUGUCAGCGACGGUGAACAAAUCUGAGCUGCUGAAGAUUACCGACAAACACCGCCCCGACGGGACCUGGGCCUUCUGGUACCCCGAGGCAGAGAUGGAGCAAACAGAACUGGAGACGGGACAGGAAGUACGGCUGAAGACCAGAGGAAACAGUCCUUUCAUAUUCUCCUUAGCCGAGGUGGACGGUCACACUGUGACCAAGUGUAACUUCGCUGGAGAUGAGAAGGCAGGAGCAUCGUGGACGGAGAAGAUCUUGGCCAACAAAACGGAGAGAGCCAGCUCCCAGAUGCCCGGGGGAGAGGGAGAGGGAGCGGAGGAGGACGAGUGGGUGAGGACGGGAGGACACCUUCCAAAUCUCACCCAAGAUGAAAUACUGGGGCUAAUAAAACCUACCUUAUUAGUAGUUAUAGCGGUGCAGGAAUGAGAACUGCAUCCUGGAAAUAAGUUAGCAUUUUAGCACUUUCUCCUCUCCUCUGUCUCAAAGUCAGUAAACACCCCACUGGUAUGUGGGAAGCUUCUCUGUGUCAUACAAACAGUAGCACGUGAACAUUAGCCUUUAGCUUAGUUUACAU